CCGGUACUCUCACCUUCCCGCUUUUACGCGAAAACACUACAUGUGUUUUCUCAACGGGAUUUUAAUAUAGUGCGGUGUUUCUGCAGAUGCAGAAAAAAACAGGUUAUUGACAUUACACAAUAUGGAGCUGAAUUUUACACAGAGAGGGCGCGACAUUCUAGAGUUACGCGCGCUGGCGCAGAAACUUCUGACUCGGGGGAACAACUACUCUCUGCGUCUGGAGAACUACUCUCUGUUUGACAACGGAUCGGAGCUCGAUCAGGAGGACUCAUUGGACGUCAACACUAACAUCUACUCUAAGGUCCUGGUCACUGUGAUCUAUAUCGCGCUCUUUGCCGUCGGCUGCUUAGGGAACUCUGUUACGCUAUACACCCUGGUGACCAAGAAGUCCCUCCAGAAUAUCCAAAGUACUGUCCACUACCACCUGUCCAGUCUCGCCGUCUCCGACCUGCUAAUACUAGUCCUCAGCAUGCCCGUCGAGCUAUAUAAUUUCAUCUGGGUCCAUCAUCCUUGGGCGUUCGGAGGAGUUGUUUGUAAAGGCUACUAUUUCAUUCGGGAUGCCUGCUCGUAUGCCACGGCGUUCAACAUCGCCAGCCUCAGCGUCGAGCGUUAUAUGGCGAUAUGCCACCCUUUCAAGGCGAAGAGCAUCAUGUCCUGCAGCCGCACCAAAAAGCUGAUCAGCGGGAUGUGGGUGGCUUCGUUUCUCCUGGCCUCUCCGAUGCUCUUCACCAUGGGACAGAAGUAUCAUGGACCCCAACGGGAGAAGAUAUGCACCACCAUCGUGCCUCCUGUCGUAUUGAAGAUAGUGAUUCAGGUGAAUGUGUUCCUGUCCUUUGUGGUUCCCAUGGUAGCCAUAUCUGUUCUGAACGGGGUCAUCGCCAGUCAGCUGCUGCAUAUGUUCAGAGAGAAGCAGCAGGACAACCGCAUCUGCAUCGUCGAGGGUAACCCUACCAUGCUGAGCGUUGCUGUGGAGCCAAACCGCACACAGUCGCUGCGUCAUGGAGUCAUGGUUCUACGGGCUGUGGUUGUUGCCUUUGUGGUUUGCUAUCUACCCUACUACAUCCGGCGCCUCAUGUACUGCUACGCAGAGUUUACAGAGGAAGGAUAUGAUUACUACCACUACUUCUUCAUGGUGACCAACGUCCUCUUCUACGUGAGCUCAGCUGUCAACCCAGUCCUCUACAACCUGGUCUCAGCCAACUACCGGGAGAUCUUCUUCAACACGCUCCGCUGCUUCUGCGUGCCGUGUCGUCGCAAGAAACAGAGCCGUGUUCUGAUCAGACACUCCACCAGCAUCUCCAGUAACCACACCUUCUCCUCCAACAUCAUCAAGGAGACCGUCUACUGACCACCCCCCCCAAAAAAAACACUCCCCUGAUAACAUUCCAUUUUAGAACUGCAGUGUAUGGAAUCUAUUACCCAGUUGGACUCCAUGUAUGUUUGAUGGGGAGCCUGGUACUGUGAAUCACUGACACAUUGUGCCACAUAAACACACAAACAAAUAUCCACAAUUUGAUAUAUUGGUGCAAUCAUCUGAAAGAAAGAAAGAAUAAGGGCGUAGAUCACUCAAAUUACAAAAUGACAUUGGUUUCCUGUAAGCAGUCAAUGGACGAGGUAUGACAGCAAUCCAUGCUUUGGCUUAGUUUUCACAUGCUAACAAUUUAGCAUUUGUUAGCACAUUCAAUUCAUGGGACCGAUAUUAGCAUUUGUCGUGCAUCGUGUUCAAAUCGUAUGUCUGACUUUGUUGAGAUAUACAAUCAAUUUUGGGCACUUUUGAACAUGAUGUGCAAA